GCGCGGAGCUUGUAAAACACUCUGGAGAGAAAAUGGCGGCGGCAGCGGCGGCUUCGGCGCUUCAACAGCUAUCGGAUGAGGAGCUUUUCUCCCAGCUCCGCCGUUAUGGGCUGUCUCCUGGCCCAGUGACGGAGAGCACCCGCCCAGUUUACCUCAAGAAGCUGAAGAAGCUUCGAGAGGAAGAGCAGCAGCAGCAGCACCGGUCAGGGAGCCGCGGCAACAAGACGCGGAACACUAAUAACAAUAAUACCGCAGCCACCACGGUCGCAGCCGCGGGACCAGCGGCGGCGGCCGUGGGGAUGGGUGUCCGGCCGGUCUCGGGGGACCUCUCCUACCUACGGACCCCUGGGGGCCUGGGCCGAAUAUCGGUUUCAGGCCCGGAGAGCCCUUCGGGAGGGCCUGGGGUCGCCUCAGCCGCCCCCGCGGCUGGCAGCAAAGUGCUGCUGGGCUUCAGCUCGGACGAAUCGGACGUGGAGGCCAGUCCCCGGGACCAGGCCGGCGGCGGCAGAAAAGACCGGGCUUCGCUCCAGUACCGCGGGCUGAAACCGCCGCCGGCCCCUGUGGCAGCCAGCGAGGUGACUAACAGCAACUCGGCCGAGCGAAGGAAGCCACACUCGUGGUGGGGGGCCAGGAGGCCGGGGGCCCCCGAGCUGCAAACCCCAUCGGGGAAAGAUGGAGCAGCGGAGGAAGAGGAGAGAGAAGACGGCGAGGAGAGGGACCUGGAGGCACAUGAGCCACUGUGGCCGAGCCGGACCGUGAAUGGCAGUCGGCUUCUCCCUUACAGCUACCGGGAAAACUAUUCGGACUCGGAGGAAGAAGACGAGGACGACGUGGCUUCCACCAGACAGGUGUUAAAGGAUGACUCCCUUUCCCGGCAUCGGCCCAGACGGAGCCAUAGUAAACCUCUUUCUCCGCUGACUGCUAAAUCUGCAGGCAGCAGGCUGGAGAGCUCAGUGCAGGGAGGGGGAGGAAUCGCGAUGAAUGACAGGGCGGCGGCUGCCGGGAGUCUAGACAGGAGCCGAAACCUCGAAGAGGCGGCGGCGGCGGCGGAGCAGCAGCCAGGAGGAGGGUGUGAUCCACUGGACGCCAGCCCCAUUCCUAGAUACCGUGUUAACGCUAAGAAACUGACCCCUCUCCUGCCACCGUCGCUUACUGACAUGGACUCAACCUUGGAUUCAUCAACAGGCUCCCUCCGUAAAACCAAUAAUCAUAUCGGCGGUGGAGCGUUCAGUGUGGACUCCCCCAGUAUUUAUUCCAACAGCCUCUCUCCCAGUGCGGCGGUGGCCACCUCCGGUUCACUCAGGAUCAAUCACUCCAACCAUACGGGCUCCAAACAUACCUACCUGAAAAACACCUACAACAAACCUAAGCUUUCUGAACCCGAGGAGGAACUUCUCCAGCAAUUUAAACGCGAGGAGGUGUCCCCAACAGGAGGCUUCAGUGCCCACUACUUGUCGAUGUUUCUCUUAACUGCUGCCUGCUUAUUUUUCCUAAUACUGGGACUCACUUACCUAGGAAUGAGAGGAACGGGAGUAUCCGAGGAUGGAGGACUCAGCAUAAAAAACCCCUUUGAUGGAACAUUUGGAGAAAUACAAGAAAGUAAAAAAAAUCUUAUGAUGAACACAUUAUACAAGCUUCAUGAUCGAUUGGCACAGCUUGCAGGAGAUCAUGAAUGUGGCAGUUCUAGCCAGAGAACGCUUUCUGUCCAAGAGGCAGCUGCAUAUUUAAAAGAAUUAGGUCCUGAAUAUGGAGAUAUAUUUAACAUCUCAUUGCUGUGGAUUUUAGAAAAUGGAAAAGAUGUUGGUAUAAGGUGUGUCGGAUAUGACCCUGAUGAAGAAUUGACAAAUAUAACUCAUGUGCAAUUUUUACAGUCCACAAGACCACAGAUGUCUUUCUGGUGUCGUUUUCGACGUGCUUUUAUUACAGUAACCCACAGGUUAUUGUUGUUAUGCUUAGGUGUAGUGAUGGUGUGUGUGGUUCUGCGCUACAUGAAAUAUCGCUGGACAAAAGAGGAAGAGGAAACAAGGCAGAUGUACGAUAUGGUGGUAAAGAUUAUAGAUGUUUUACGAAGUCAUAAUGAAGCUUGCCAGGAAAAUAAAGAUUUACAACCCUACAUGCCUAUUCCACAUGUGCGAGAUUCCUUAAUACAGCCUCAUGACAGCAACACAUCAGAAUCAGCAGUGGAGCUUUUGGGGGAAAAAAUACAGAUGCUCAUGCUCCACCUCUGGGGAUGGAAAUUCAGUAAUCCAAGAAAAAAAAUGAAGAAAGUCUGGGAUAGAGCUGUUGACUUCCUUGCUGCUAAUGAGUCUAGAGUUCGCACAGAAACACGAAGAAUAGGUGGUGCAGAUUUUCUGGUUUGGAGGUGGAUCCAGCCUUCUGCGUCCUGUGACAAAAUAUUAGUAAUACCUUCUAAAGUAUGGCAAGGUCAAGCGUUUCAUUUAGAUAGAAGAAAUUCACCACCAAAUAGUUUGACACCAUGCCUAAAGAUUCGAAAUAUGUUUGAUCCAGUUAUGGAAAUAGGGGAUCAUUGGCAUUUGGCAAUUCAAGAAGCAAUUUUAGAAAAAUGCAGUGAUAAUGAUGGCAUUGUUCAUAUUGCAGUAGACAGAAAUUCACGUGAGGGUUGUGUAUAUGUUAAAUGUCUGUCUCCAGAAUAUGCUGGAAAGGCUUUUAAGGCAUUGCAUGGCUCUUGGUUUGAUGGGAAAUUGGUUACAGUAAAAUAUUUACGACUAGAUAGAUAUCAUCAUCGCUUUCCCCAAGCUCUAACUUGCAACACUCCCUUGAAGCCAUCAAAUAAACAUAUGAACUCUAUGUCUCAUCUUCGUCUUCGGACUGGCCUAGUCAAUUCUCAAGGAGGUUCCUGAAAAGACUUUCUACUACUCCUAGGACUGUUAUUUACAAUAGGAAAAUUCCUGUUUGGCUUCCUGUCUUCCUUUUUAAAUGCUUUUUGUAUGUAAUAUUUUUAUUGAUGAAUAGCUCUGUUUGGACGUUCCAGAAAUCUUAAGGUUCCAGAGGGACUUGGCAGUGAGGCAGUAAUGCUGAGUAGAUAGAAUAAUUGUUUCAUUCAGUUUUUGGAGCUCCGUUAAGCCAGUGCAUUUAAAGUUUUGCAUGAGGAACAUUGACUUUAUUAAACAUUUCAGAUGUGGUGGUUGUAUUUUUCCACCAAGAAAUGUUGGGAUAACCACACAAAAGCAUGGCGAAGAGGCUUCUCGUAUUCCAUAAUUUCCUGUGAAUGUUGUGAGUUUUUGUAUACAGUCAACUGCAUAGUUCCUUACAGGCUUAUGUGGUAAAACUGUUAAUUUCCCAAUUUAACCUUAGGUUUCUAUUGCUUUUAAGAGAUUCAUUUGCUGUAGUUAGAAUAUGGGAAAAUUAAUUUGAGUUUAGUGAUUGCAUAUAAGUGUAAGGGGAUGUACAUGUACUUAAACUGGCUUUUGUAUAUAUGUAUAAAUGCUGGUGGUGGCGAAAGUAGUUUUGUGAGGAUGUCUGCAUUAAAGCAGUAAAAUAAGCUUCCUAUUUUAUUCAUAAUCUAAUGUGUAUGUAUAUAUGUGUAUAUGUGUGUAUGUAUAUAUAUAUGUAUGUAUGUGUAUAUGUAUACGCGCACACACACACACACAUAUAUAUAUACAUAUGGCUGUAUUAUAACAUAGAUCAAACAGCCAACCACCUGGAAGUAUUAGAUACAAGUUUAAAACAUCUUUUAUACGUUUUAUAUAAAAAUGUCUGAGUAUGAUUUUGUGUGAAAGUUCUGAUACCAGUUGUAAUGGAUUCAAAUUUAUGUGAGCAAUAAAGAAGCAAUUGGCAGAUAUUGGAAAAAUAUUUUGUGAGAAGCUGUAUUUAUUAUAAAUACUAGGGCUGUGACAUAGUACCAUUGGGAUUAAGUCAUUUUCCCACUAUUUAUAAUUUAAUGAAAUGUUAGCACCUCUGUUGUAUGUCAAGUUUAGAGCAGGGCAUAUUGUUGCAGCAAAAUGUGGAUUUGACAAAUUGUAUUUGCAGUUUUGGGUCAUGAAAGUUUGCAAUAUAGUAAAUGCUCAAGUGACCAUUGGCUUUGUGCCUCAGUAUUUGUUUCAGUAAAGUUGCUUUAUUACUGUUUAUGAUUUCAGAUUAAAAUAGUUGCUGAGCAAAGUUUACUUGUAAUCUAACAAUUGGCUCUUUUUUUUUUUUUUUUUUAAUAACCUGUUGAUAACCAUUGUCAGUCCAAAUAAGUAUGUAAAACAGUUGAAAUUGUACCAAUUCUGAUUUUGUUUAAAGCUCAGUUUCCUUUUUGUUUUAUUGUAUAUGGGUUGGGUUUGCAGCAUGAACUUGCACAGAUAAUGCACGUUUUCUGGUUAAGUAAACAUGAUGCACACUAUUCUGUAACAGAAAACCCUAUUGUGCCUUACCUAUGUGCUUUUGUGGGCACCAUGUUUAUGAAGAAUAAAAAAUGAUUUGUUAUCUGAAGAGAAUAAAUUUUAAAUUCUCAGUUUAUGUCUCAGAUGCUAAAGUGUGAAAUAUAAAUAUAUAAUAUAUAAACUAACCAAUAUUUCUGUAUUUUAUGUGCAUCAUAGUGAUUUAUCUGAGCUUAGUGACCCCAUCUUGUGACCUUUUGCAAGAGUGAAUGUAAAAAAUAGCAGUGGCAUUUUAAAAGGUCGCCUUUUGAUGCAGAUGCAUCAUUUUCUUGCUUCUAAAAUAUAUUUCAUGUAAACAUUGUACAUUUAUUAUUGUAAUAUAUACUAUUAUGUAGCUUAUUUUACCUAAAACUGUUAUGCCGACCAAGAUCCCUGCCUGCAAGACAGAUGGGAAUGUGUAUAAUAACUAGAUAUUUGAGAAGUUCCGAAGUUUGAUGUAAUCUGUUACUUGUCCUGUUUGAAAAAAAGGAAAAAAUUCUAAUUAAAAAUUUAUUAGGGUUUU